AUGGCUGGGACAUAUCGACUGUCCCCUCUCAAUGAAGGUGACGAGACCCUAAAUUUUGCCAGUCUCUUAAGGAAGCUCCCUGGCUCUAGAGGACCCACAAGCACAGAACUAUGGGCCGUCUGUUGGCAGAGUGUGAAGAUCUUAGGAGAGGUUAACAAACUUGGUGAUUUUUUCCAAACACUUUGUAUCACGCCUUUAACCCUUGCCUUUGAACUGGACACUGGUUACCUGCGGCUUCUCGAUUUGUAUGUAGACCCAGAUGUGAAGUUUGUACCCCCAGAAUAUGAGACACAAGGAAACAGCGACAGGUCCCACCUCUAUUCCUUAGGCAAGACUCUUCUCUCAGCCAAGCCCCAUCCACCAAGAGAAACGAGUGACACCUACAACGCUCUACUGACCAGGCUGACAUCCCGUGCCCCAGAGGAUCGACCCAGCGUGGAGGAGGUGGAACGAGUUUGUUUGGAGGCACUUGGAGGUGAGGACCCCUUAGCCAUCUGUCUGAAGUUGUUCAACAGAGCAGGGGACAGUGAUCUACAGCAGCAGCAGCAGCAGCAACGCUAUUCAGGUGUCCAUGAUAAUUGUGUUGUGUUUCCUGAGAACAUAAAGCAAGAAUUAUCCAAAGCUGAUUUUUUGAAACUGGCACCAAAUGAUGUAAAACUCUCAGCCCUCAAAGACACCAAACUGGCAGAAGAAUACCACCAUGGAUGUUCUUCUAAAGAAGGAAUUGAAAGUUGCAGGCAAUUAGAACCUUUUGUAGAUAGUUGUUCACAGAUAAGAUCACUCCCUCUGGAAUCUGGAUUACCAUUUACCAAAGUGGAAUGCUCUGUUGGAAAAUCUGUUGCUGAAGUAAAACCAGUCAGCCGUGACAGAGUUGCUGAUUUCUCUUGUGUUGAAAUUUGUGGAUUGAAGGAAAGUAACCGAGAAUCCACAGAGUGUGAAGACAAACAGAAUUCGGUCCAGGAAGAAACCCUGAGAAAGGGAGAUAUUCUACUGAAUUUCUCAAAGAACCAAGUCAACAACAAGAGUAAGGGUCAUGCAAUAAAGGUGGACAGUUUUAAGGAGAGACAUGGAAAGACUUUUGAAGAAGUUCCUUCCCAAAGUGAACAUUAUAAAAUUUAUAAUCCAGAUAUUGUUCUUGGUUCAAUGUCGGGCGUAGAAGCAGAAGACAUUGUGAGUGGUGACACGAGUAAUGAGGCUGAUGAUGGUGAUGUUGAUAAUGAAGAUGAUGAUGUCACAACAGAAAGAAUCAAAAGUUGUGAAGGGUCAGUCUUUAAUAACAACAUUCUAACUCAACAAGAUCUUGCAACCGAUUUCCUGCCCAAUGACACAGAAACACAUGGGAACAUUUCCUCAAUUGGCAAACAGAUUUUGGCGAAUGACGACUGUAGCAAUUUAGAUGAAGGUUCUGCUGUGGAACUUACCCGUCUCAGUAAUGCCGACCGAAGUGUUCUCUGGAAUUUCGAAGAGGGCAAAGUAAACCUUGUCGAUCUCAUCCUUGGAGAUAAUGGUGAGAAUGAGUCAAUUAAGAGAGACAACCCUAGAAUAGAACUAAAGAGGACAUUUAACAAAGAAACCAAUAUUUCUACAAGUGGAAACACUUCAAGAAUUAUGAGUGGAGAAUCUCAGACAUUUUCUGUCACAUCUGGAACCAGUGUUACUCAAGAAGCAACAAGUAUUAUGUCUGGUGUCAGCCUUAAUCUUCAGACAACCAUUCUUUCUGGUACAAACUUCAUCAAUGAAUCAUUCGACAAGAAUUCUGAGUUUCAAAAUACUUUGCAGCUGAUGUGCACAACUGAAGGAAUUAAAGUCACUGAAGACAGAGAAAUGGCAAGUGGAGAGAAUUGCAGAAGGCAGAGCAGCACUGACAGCGAGCAUGAGGACGAGGAUGAUGGGGGAAAAGAUGAUAACAACGAGUCUCUGUUGGAAGAGAUGCAGGAUCCAACACACAUCACAGCAGAACAGGCCCAGGAGAAAUUAAGAAACAUUGCUCAGACCAAGGUGAUUACACUGCAGGACAUCAUCGACGUCAGUGGAUUGUACUUUGAUGAGAUUGAAAUCUGGGCCUUGUGCAGAGAAGCUAUUCAGUCUUUGCAGAAUAGCCCAAACAUUGUGUUAUAUGAUGAACUGGACAUGGUUGGGCUGCAGCCAGAUGGACAUAUGGCGUUCACUGACCAACAAAGGAUCACACAAGAGUAUAGCAAAGAUACGGCGAUCAACGAGAAGCUGAACGUUGCUGUCCGCAGUGUUGGUGUGAUGCUGUGCCGAGCUGGUGGAUCAAAGUGCUCAACAUCAAUAGCAGAGUUGAAUAUGUCUGAUGACAUCACAGAUCUGAUUGGCAGUAUGACCCUUUCUCAGCCGCAAGAAACAGUGUCGUUUGAAGAGUUGUGUCAGAAAUGCGAAGACCAUGAAAGAACUGCGAUGUAUACGUCUGAGAAUAUCUGCCAGAGUCUUUAUGAAGAAUGUUGGCACAAAUUGGCAAUGAAAAUUGAAGAAGAUGGCGCCAGCUCUGAAGAAGAUUUUGCAAGUAAUGGAGAUCUAAAUGAUGCUAACUCUGACAAAUCAGUUAAAGAUACUUCCUUUGAUAAUGGUUCAGGUGAUACACAGAAAUCAGCCUUUGUAUUCGUGUUAAACCAGCCGGACAAACCCCAAAGUAAGGUCCUCAACAGCGAAAAUGUGGACUUUGCUGUCCCCCAUGCCUUCAGGUCAGUGGCUACUCAUUUCAAACCAAUAGUCGUGAAUUCAGAAAGAUUCCCUGCCAUUGGUGAGGAGGAAGAAACAGGUGUGAUGCUGGAAGCCCCAUCAUCACAAGAGACUUCUCAAAGAAAAAGACAUUCAACUUCUCCAGUUCUUACCCCAGGUCAGCGUGUUGUUGAGAAACUGAGACAACUGGAGCAAGUUUACACCAAACGGUACCCUAGGGCGACCUCAUUUGGGUCCAGACCCCAAAAGACACUUGAGUCAAAAGCAACCAAAGUCGAGAAUGUUCCACCAGGUGAGGCGGCUGGAAGAGGAGACUUAUGUUUGUCCCAGAGAUUUGAUAUGGAACAACUUGCUGAAAUGAUUCUGAACAAACUCCAAGAUCAAAAGACAACAAGUUGCAAACCGAUUCUGCCACCGAAGAUGUCUGAAUAUCAGGCGUUGGCCUAUGACAACCAGCAGCUGCCCGUAGUGAUGGUUCCAGCUCAAAAUCUUACCAUGACAAUGGGUCCUCCAUUGGUCCCUGCUUGUGAAACUAAUCAUGGAGAGGUGGCCAGGUGUGGCUUUAAUAAAAUCAAGUCCCCUCAGUCAAUGGCUUGCCUUCAAUGUGGCACUCAGUCUGCUAGUUCCAUUUCGGUUUCUUCUUCUCCUUCUUCCACCAUAUCGUCUGCUUUACCAAAUUUCUCAGAGACUCCGACAAGUAACCAAUCGAAAUAUUCUUGCUCCGACAAUGACGGGAAGGAAAUGGCAGUGGAUUCUUGCAACUGUGGCAGAUCAAAGCAAACCCUGAAACUACAGAGCAACACAAGCAGCAACAGCAGCAGCAGUUGCUGUCAGUUGUGUCUCGAUGAAAAGCAAAUCCUGUUUCCCCAACAAUCUCAGUGUGAAGAACUCUCAAGGAAUUUCGAUGGGUUUCUUGGCCAUAAACUUCAUUUUCAAGAACAGAACUUUGAUGGCGCUAAUGGGGAAUGUUUAAAGACCUCCUGGCAGCAGAGUGAUCAACUACAACAAAAGCAACAUCAGCGAUAUCUUCCCCACCCCUGCACCCACCACCAACGCCACCAACAACAACAACAACAAGAAAAGCUGCAUCAACAACACCAAAAUCAUUGUCAAGAACAGAAGCUGCAAAAACAAUGUCAGAAUGAGGAAUACCAACAACAACAACAACAACAACAACAACAACAACAACGAUGUCUGCAUUCGCCUCCUUCUUCUCUCCUUCCUUCUCCACACCACCAACACCACCACCACCACCACCACCACAACCAUCAUCAUCAACAGCAGCAACAACAAGAUGAACCAAACCAAUUAGAAGAUUGCUACCAGCAGCAGCAGCAGCAGCAGCAGCAGCAGCAGCAGCAGCAGCAGCAGCAGCAGCUUCUUUAUCAAUGUCACUACCUUCAGCAACACCAACGACUCCAUCAUUGUCAUCAUCAUCAUCAUCAUAAUAGUCAUUAUUCUCACCACCAGCUACAGACUCCUCAGCAACACCACCAGCAACAGAUGAAUGAUAGCCCCUUAAUCAACAGCUCCGAAAUCAAUGAGAAAAACAACAACAACAACAACAACAGUAAGAAUAGAAGUAGUUGCAGCAAUGAAAAGUUUCCAACAGGUGACAGAAGAGAGUCCACAUGUGGCGUCCACCAUCAACAAAAUGCAACAGAGAGUCAGAACGUUCAUGUGGCAUCAAUUGUGAAUCCACGCAUCAGUGACAAUGAUGACGACAACAGCAACAAUGACAACAACAAAAAUGGUUCUGUGAUGAGAAUAUUUGAUGACUGGAACCAGCCCAAUGUCUGUGAGAAGAGCUGUUGCAAUGGUGGCAUAAAUGUCUGCAAUGAAGAUCUGCAUUUCAAUGGCAAAGCUUUGGAAUGUGAUGGUUCGUCUGACCAUGCUGUCGACUGCUUGAAAUGUCAACUCGAUCGAAUUCUUUGUUCUUUACAGAAGACGUGUUUCCACUGCAAGAAGAUGCAAAGCUGUGGCAGACAUAUUGCUGGGCAUCAACAACCUUGGAAGGAAUUCAAUGAAUGCUGUGAAAAGAAUCUAAAUGGUUCUUAUAUCCACAGAGAAAACAAUCCAAGCAAUAGGUCACACCAAAUUCUUUCUCCUGUGUCAUUGGUUGACUGUCAAACCCAGAAUGAGUACAAAAUGAGUUCAAGGAAUGAAUGCAGCAUUAAAAGACACUUAGGUCGUUCUUCUGUCUGUGCAAAACAAAUUUCUGAAGAAACUGUUCUAGAUGCUGACAUCACAGGAAUGGCUAGGUGUCCCUGCCUGAAAGGGUCCAUGCCAAAUAUCAGUUAUGAAGGGUCUCCAUUCAAAGAUGAAUCUAAAGAAGUCAGCAAAAAUCCUUGUUCAAAAGAAACUCCAUUAUGUGCCCAGUGUGAAAGAAUUCCAAAUAUUUCCACUCCAUUCAUAUCUCCCAGGAACGAGUGUCAAGGCGCUAAAGAAAAUGGAGGGCAAAUUGAACUUUGGCAGCAAGCUGAUAUCAGUGAGAAAAAGCAGAACAGCAGCCGAGAGGACCAAUCAAAGAUGUCAGAAGUGUUUGGAACUUAUUGUAGAGCAGACAAAAUAGUUGCCAAGCAACUGAGCUUGGUUUACAAAAUCAUGGAUUUACUCCAACCAAAGUCAGCUUCAAAUUCAGCUGUUAACGAAGAAUCAGACCGUUUUCUAAUAAGUGCAGGGAUCGGUAGUUUAAAAGGUUUACCAAAAGACAAGUUCCGGUUAAGUGUUGCCACAAUGUAUCCUAAACAACAGUGGGAACAGCAAUGCUUGGAAGCGGUCUUUGAUCUCAUCAAUGGAGACUCAACCCUGAAGGAGGAACCAAGGUGGAAUGAGGACUUGUCCCAGCAGGCAGACCAGGAAUCGUCUGGAAAGUGGCAUCUGUUUGAUAGUCUUGAAAUGACCAGCCACCAAACUCAGAGGAAUUUUUAUACUCAUUCAUCAAACAAAGACCAUAAGAUGGAACCUCAACCAAGAGAGACAAAAUCCACACAAAACGUCUCCUUGGAAUCUGUCGGGCAACAUAGGAAUCUGUCAGGUGAAAACUGUGAACAUUUUACAGAUAUAAGUAUUCUCAAGAAUUUUGCUUAUGAUGAAGACGUCUGUUGUGACCAGGGGGAAGUUGUGUACCUGAGAUCAGAUCCUGUAAAUAUGAAGGCUUUUCAGAAGCAGGAACUGAUUGAGAACCCUCAAAAGAUCUUUCAAUACGGGUUGAAGAGGGAAACAUCAAUGAGUUAUGAUACUGAUGAUGAUGAUGACAAUGGUGAUGGUGGUGAUGAUGGUGGAGGUGGAGGUGGAGGUGGAGGUAGUGGUGGUAGUGGUGGUCUAGAAGGUGUUAAGAGAAAUUUUGGAGAAGAUGACCCUAAAGGUAUGUUCCAGCCUGAUCCUUUUCACACCAGAAAGUUUGAUAAUCCUGGACCAACAGGAGAUAUUCAAUAUCUACAAGGUCUAAUGGAGACUUCAGAUAGGUGCUUGGAUCAAGGAAUGGAUUAUACCAAUCCAGAAAACCAAGGAUCAAAAGAAGAAAUUGAAGAUGAUUUAAGUUACAAGCUUUACAUCAGGGAUAACUUUUUAGAGAGAUCUGAAUCCGGUGAGUGUUCCUUUGGGAAACAUGAAUUCCAAGAGAUCCUGUUGUCUGACACCUCUCAGGAAGACAAGAAAGUGAUAGAAGCAAUCCUUGAAUCUGGUGCCAGUACCAAAAAUGCUGAAGACACAGCAGAAGGAGUUGAUAUCCAGAAAUUCAUGCUCCCAGAAGGAUCUGUUGAAGAUAUACCACAACAAUAUAAGCUUGAUGUUGGAGGUUCUAAUUGCAAUAAAGAAGUGAACAGGAGUGAUGAGUCAAAGACAUCAGAGCAGAGAAGAAAAGUUCCACCAAAUGAAUAUCAACCCGGGAAGGAUUGGAAAUUGGACCAAUGUUUGUUAGAUGGAAAUGUGAAAACCGUGGAACUUAAUGAUCCUAAUUUAAUGACAAUGAUGCAAGAUGAUGAUGAUGAUGAUGACAAUGUGCAACGUACUGGGAAUGUCUUGGAGACAACGAAUCUACCAGCAAAAGAAUCACAGGGUUUCACAGAGUUUUACAGACCUAUCACAAGAAAUAGGUGGUCUAUGCUGAAGGACUAUGCUGAAAGUGACAGCAGAGUUAUUUACCAUUCUGCAGACUUGAUGAAUUUCUCAAACAACAUGGAAGUCAAACAAUUCCUGAAUGAUAUUGACAAAUCUGAUGCCGAGUCUUGGAAGACCAAAUUGUCAACCGUUCAACAACAGGUGAUGCUGAAGAGUAAGGAACAGCAGAAGAUGUGCAGGUUUUACCUCAAAAUCAAGACAAAGGCUGCAUGGAGUAAAAGUAAACUUCAGUUUAUUAUAAUAACAUUUCUUUCUGAUGUUUUGUAGUGGUUUUGGGGUAUUCUAAGUGUUAUGUGCAGGAGAUUUGUAGAACGCUUGUGAUGUG